AUGCACUAAAAAGACUGUUCUGCUAGCUUCCAAUUUUUGUCAGAUGCAAAUAAAGCUUAUGUUGAAGUUUAAUGUAAGAAUGUCGCCAUCUACGGUGUAAUGAGUUUGAGGAAAGUUUUUUUUUAAUUUUUACCAAGCGAAUGAAUUUUUGAAACAGUUUCUUAAAUUACUAUCAAGUAUGCAGUCGGCGGAGAAAGCUAAAGGUGAAAUUACAUACACUGCAUUGAAAGAUAUUAUAAGUGCAUUUUCCUUACCUGAUAAUGUCACAAGGUUGAAUGAAGCAAAAGAUAAUGCAGGAAAUGAUAUGCUAAUGUAUAUGCAGUUAGUAUUUCCUCUUGCAACUCAGAUUCAACAGGAAGUUAUCCAGAGUUAUGGCUUUCCAGCAGAUAGAGAAGGUCUACUGCAGUUUAUGCUAACUGUUAAAAUGUUAGAAAAAGAUGACCAAGAAGUUUUACAAAUGAAUGCUGAUUUGAGAUCACUACUUCUUCCACCAGUGGUAUUGCCUUUCUCCCAGUCAUCAGCUGUAUGAAAUCUGUAUAAUGUAUUUCCAUAAUGAAUAAUUGUAUGUAUACAUUAUUUAUCAUAAAAUCAAAAUAAAUUAUGUAGGACCAUUUUUUAUUGAAGUUUUAUAAAACUGAAAAAUACUUUGUGUGUCACUUUGUAAUCAUCUUAAUUAAGAGCUUUCAAGUCAUUUCGUCAAUUGUAUUGUUUCCUUCUAAGGUGAAGCUGGAUUUUUGAAAUAAAAUAAAUUAUUGGAAGUUA